AUGCAUGUAGAUCGUGCUGCAGCUUCUGUUCCUUUAGCGGGGGAAGCAGCACCAGCAGCUUCCGGUGUAUGCGCAGACACCCCACAGGCGGAUGAGGACAAGCAGCAGCAGCAGCAGCAGCAGCAGCAGCUGCAGUUGCUGCUGCAACCGCCGCUGCACGUCUCGCACCAACAGCAAUUGCAUGGGCCUUCCGCAGCUGCUGCAGUAGCAGCAGCAGCAGCGGAGCCACCGUACAGCGGCCGCCACACCAAUGCAGCAGCAGCAGCAGCAGCAGCAACAGCAACAGCAGCAGCAGCAGCCGCAGCAGCGGCAACAGCAACAAUGGCAGCAAGGGAGUUCUGGGCCCCUCAUGAGACGCCCGCAGCAAAGCCUUACCCAUUAGUGGCUUGCUCAGGACAAAGUACUGCAGCAGCAGCAACAGCAGCAACAGCAGCAACGGCAGCAGCAGCAGCUGCGAAAACAGCAGCAGCAGCUCCCACAAUAGCUGGUGUAGCAGGGGAGGCGCCUGCAGCAAUGAGCGCAGCAGCAGAACCCCCACCAGCAGCAGCAGCAGCAGCAGCAGCAGCAGCAGCAGCAGAGGCCCUCGACAGAGACCUCAAACGCCUCUGGUCUCCUUUGGACGCAUGCAGCGCCGAUGCCGCUGCAGCAGCAACUUGUGCUGCUGCUGCUGCUGCUGCGAGCGUUCCUACGGCGCCAACGGCAGCAGCAAGUCCAGCAGCAGCAGCAGCUGAUGCUGCUGCUGCUUCGGGGCCACAAAGUCUUGUUUCUGCUGCUGGUUGUCCCGCUGCAGCUGCAAGGGCUGCGGAAACGCCAGCAGCAACUGCUGCAGCAGAAGAGGCAAGACUCGGUAUUUCUGAAGCAGCAGCAGCAGCAGCAGCUGCUGCUGCUGCAGCAGAGCGGCCUCCACCCGCUGCUGCACUCCUGCUGCCGCCUCGCUGCUGCAUGCGUCGCCGCAGCAGCAGCAGAAGCAGCAGAGGAAGAAGCAGCAGGUGCAGCAGCAGCAAAAGUAGAAGGGGCCUCAGGGGCCAGUCAAACGGCGGCAGCAGGAGCGGCAGCGGCCACAGGCGACAGCAGCAGCAGCAGCAGCAACAGCAGCAGCAGCAGCAGCAGCCUGACACAAGCCAAAUAGCUGCGUCAGUGCAAGAAGCAACAGCAGCUGCAGAACUUUUGGAUUCUGCUGCUGCUGCUGGUGCUGCUGCUGCCUCUUCACAGGCACCUCCAGGGAGCCCAAGAGGCGAAGCAUCUGCUGCUGCAGCAUCUGCUGCUGCAGCACCUGCUGUUGCUGCAGCUGCUGCAGCACCGCCAGCAGCAGAUGCUUUACACGGACUGGAGGCUGCACACGUUCGUGCAGAAAGAUCUGCUCCAUUUGCUGCCAGGGAUUACAGCGAGGCAGCAGCAGCAGCUGCAGCAGCAGAAGCAGCAGCAGCAGCAGCAACUGCGGCAGGAGCAGAGCCAGACGGAGAGGGGGCCUCAGCGCGCCCCGGAGAUGACUGCAGCAGCAACAGCAGCAGUUGCUGCAGCAGCAGUAGCAGCAGCGGCGAUGGCCAAGGACACAUGAACGUGAGGUCUCCACACUUGGAGCAGCAAAACCAGCAAAUGGAGCAGCAGCAGCAGCAGCAGCAGCAGCAGCAGCAACAGCAGAAGCCUCAGCGAGCCAGCAGCACGCAGCAGCAGCUGCGUGCGAUUCUCUUAUCGUCUCUUGCUGAGCGGCAGCAGAUGCAGCAGCAGCUCCAACAGCAGCAGCAGCAGCAGCACAACAGAAGAUGCCAGCGGUGGCAAGAGCAGCACGUGCAGCAGCAACAGCAGCAGCAGCAACAACAACAGCAACAGCUGCUGCUGCAGCAGCAGCAGCUGCUGCAGCAGCAGCAGCUGCUGCAGCAGCAGCACGAGCAGCAGCAGCACCAGCAGGGACUUGCACGGUCUUCCGGCGGUCGCCGCGGCAGCGCGGGCAGCAGCCGCUGCGGGGAUCUGCAGCAAGAUCAAAAGCCGCAGCAGCAGCAGCCGCAGCAGCAGCAGCAGCAGCAGCGGAGGCGCGGUUCGGUGCAGCAGCUUCGGCAGCAGCGUCAGCAGUUGCUGCUGCCAGUUGCUGCUGCAGCGGAUGCUGCAGCAGCGCAUUCGGGAGGGUUGGGAGGAGUUCUAUCGGGAGCUUCGGAAGCUUCGCUGCAGCUGUACCAGCAGCAGCAGCUGAUGCAGCAGCAGCAGCAGCAUCAGCAGCAGCAGCUGAUGCAGCAUCAGCAGCAGCAUCAGCAGCAUCAGCAGCAGCAGCUGAUGCAGCAGCAGCAGCAGCAUCAGCAGCAGCUGAUGCAGCAGCAGCAGCAUCAGCAGCAGCUGAUGCAGCAGCAGCAGCAUUUUCCGCGCCAUUUGCAGCUGCCGCAGCUGGAGUUGCAGCCUGGGUCUGCUGCGCAGCAGCAGUUUGUGUUGCCGAGCGGGCUGCAGCAAGAGAGCAUGCAGGGGAGCAGCUCUGGAAGCAGCAGCAGCAGCAGCAGCAGCAGCAGCAGCGUGGCGCCCCUGGUGUGCGCGUUGCCUGCUGCGGGGGCGGGGUGUGCUUCGGCGUCGGAGCGCGCGGCCGCUGCCGCUGCAGCAGCAGCAGCAGCAGCAGCAGCAGCAGCAGCGGGAGCAGGGGGUGGUUCGGGCGGGGCGUCUGGGGUUGGCUUCGCGUCCGGAGAGCAGCGCGUGGGUGCAGCAGCAGCAGCAGCAGCAGCCGCAGGCGCGUCGUCGGGCGUCGCCGCAGCAGCGUCGCCUUCAGCAGCAGCAGCAGCAGCUGGCAGCAGCAGCAGCAGCGGCAGCAGCAGCGCGGGGUGCAGCAGCGGGCAAAUAAGCCGGCUGCUGCUGCUGUCGGAGCACCUGCUGCAGCAGCUGCUGCAGCAAGUGACCCCCUCUGCUGCUUCCCGCGAAGAGAAGCGCGUGCUGUACAACUCCCUGGCCCACUUCGUCAGCCACGUCCUCGGCAGCAGCACUUCGCUGCAUCUUGCUGGCAGCACGGCUUACGAUGUUGAUGCAGCAGGAAGUGACUUGGAUGUAGUUUUGGUGACUCGGGGCUAUCGGGCGGACUCUGUGGGGGUGCUGCAGCACUUGAGAGCCACGAUCGAGGAGGUGCAGCAGCAGCAGCAGCGCAGGAGCGAGUGGCCGCUGCUCCUCGCCAGACUGCAGCUCGUCGAAAGCGCCAGAGUCCCCAUCUUGACCCUCAGAACCCCGGGAGGCUCUGUGGUCUGCGACGUGUCAGUGAACACCAGCAACAGCGUUUGGCACAGCGAGUUCUUCGGCUGGCUGCUGCAGCAGCAGCCGCAGCUGCGGCCCCUCAUGCGGCUGCUCAAGGUCUGGGCGCGCAACCGCCGCCUCCCCACCAUGAAGGAGGGCGGGCUGCCUUCCAUCGUCUGGAUGAUCCUCGUGGCUUUCCUCUGCGACGCCAAAAAAUACGCUGCUGCUGCGCCCAGCAGCAGCAGCAGCAGCAGCAGCAGCAGCAGCGGCGGGGGAGGGGGC